CUUCCCAAAUUCAAGUACUAAAACAAAAUGAUACAAGUAACACAUCAGAUGUAGUUAAAGUACCUCAUUCAGAAGUCGGAAAAGAAAACAAAUCCGGAGAAACAGGAAAGUUGAAGAUCGACCCUACUGAUACCACUGAAGCCGCAGCUAAAGUAGACGACGUAAAAGUCAGUGAAGUGAACGCAACAUGGAACCGAAUAACCAGAAUGACAAGUCACGGGGAAUACGGAUUUAAUGCAACAGCCACCGAUUUGCUCACGCUACACAGAACGCUACCGGAUAUCCGCCCAGAAAAAUGUCAUUCCAUUAAGUACGACCUGAGUCGGCUGCCAAGAACCAGUGUCGUCAUACCGUUUUUUAACGAGGCAUGGUCGACGCUCCUAAGGACCGUUCACUCUGUUCUGGACGCCACCCCGCCGGAACUUCUGCUAGAAGUCAUCCUGGUAGACGAUAACAGCACCUACGAUUAUCUGGGAGCUCCGCUGGCUGAUUACGUCGACGAGCUAGAAAAGGUCAAACUGUACCGACUGGAAGAACGCAGCGGGUUGAUGGUUGCUAGGCAGCACGGCGCAUCACGUGCCAGCGGUGACGUGCUCUUCUUUUUGGAUUCGCACUCAGAGAUGGGAACUGAUUGGCUGCAACCUCUGGUCGCCAGGAUCAAAGAAUGCCGCUCGUGUGUCGUCAUUCCCGUCAUGGAUCUGAUAAAACCGCACGAUUUUGAGUUCAUGAGAGCCGUGCCAGACUUUCGCGGUACUUUUGACUGGGAUAUGACCUUCCGGUGGAGGAAAAUACCCAUUGAUGUUCUGAAGAACCGUGAGGGGGAGCUUUCACCAAUUCCCACCCCGACCAUGGUUGGGUGCGCACAUGGCAUCGACCGGAAGUAUUUCUGGGAGCUCGGAGCGUAUGAUACUACGAUGGAAAUUUGGGGGGCGGAGAAUAUCGAACAUUCAUUUNCAGGGUGGAAGCAGAAGGGAAAAGAUCCUUGA